GAGCACUGCGCGCGCGCGUCGGGUCCGGACCACCGCUAACGCUAGAAGCUUCUUACCUCACCCCCACCUUCCCCACCCUAUCCCUGGCGGCCUCAGGUUUGUGGGGCGUGUGUAAUUCGGGUGGGCGGGUGAAGGUGGCAGGUCCCCACUGCCCCACCCCCUACGGGGUGAGGCGGUCUAAGCUCGAAAAGCUGGGACACAGUUAUCUUCCCUUCCUGGGGGGAAGUUGGUGGAGUUUUUCCGGCAGAGGACUCGGCGCAGAAACUUCCUCCGUCCCCCUAUUCCCCCUCCAUGCAGGCGACGCCAAGUGAGGCUGAGGCUGGGGGCGAAUCGCCGCAGAGCUGCGUGUCGGCAGCGCACUCUGAUUGGACAGCGGGGAAGCCUGUCAGCUUAUUGGCCCCGCUGAUCCCGCCCCGUAGUGCCGGGCAGCCUUUAACCUUUAGCCCCAGCGGGCGCCAGCCACUCAGAUCGCUGCUUGUUGGUAUAUGCAGCGGCAGUGGCCGCCGGCGGAGCAGUCUGAGCCAGACGAUGAGGCCAGGGACGGGAGCCGAGCGUGGAGGCCUCAUGGUGAGUGAAAUGGAGAGCCAUCCUCCCUCGCGGGGUCCUGGGGACGGGGAGCGGAGAUUGUCCGGCUCAAGCCUCUGCUCCAGCUCUUGGGUCUCUGCUGACGGCUUCCUGAGGAGACGGCCCUCGAUGGGGCAUCCUGGCAUGCAUUAUGCCCCAAUGGGAAUGCACCCAAUGGGUCAGAGAGCGAAUAUGCCUCCUGUACCUCAUGGAAUGAUGCCACAAAUGAUGCCCCCAAUGGGAGGUCCGCCAAUGGGUCAGAUGCCUGGAAUGAUGUCUUCAGUAAUGCCUGGAAUGAUGAUGUCUCAUAUGUCUCAGGCUUCCAUGCAGCCUGCCUUACCGCCAGGAGUAAAUAACAUGGAUGUAGCAGCAGGUACAUCAGGCGCAAAAUCAAUGUGGACUGAACAUAAGUCACCUGAUGGAAGGACUUACUACUACAAUACUGAAACAAAACAGUCUACUUGGGAGAAACCAGAUGAUCUGAAAACACCUGCUGAGCAACUUUUAUCUAAAUGCCCCUGGAAAGAGUACAAAUCUGACUCUGGAAAGCCAUACUAUUAUAAUUCUCAAACAAAAGAAUCCCGUUGGGCCAAACCUAAAGAACUUGAGGAUCUUGAAGGAUACCAGAAUACCAUUGUUGCUGGAAGUCUUAUUACAAAAUCAAACCUGCAUGCAAUGAUCAAAGCUGAAGAAAGCAGUAAGCAAGAAGAGUGCACCACAGCAUCAACAGCCCCAGUUCCUACAACAGAAAUUCCAACCACGAUGAGCACCAUGGCUGCUGCAGAGGCAGCGGCUGCUGUUGUUGCAGCUGCUGCUGCCGCUGCUGCUGCAGCUGCUGCCGCCAAUGCCAGUGCCUCCAGCUCUGCUUCUAAUACUGUCAGUGGAACUGUUCCAGUUGUUCCUGAGCCUGAAGUUACUUCAAUUGUUGCUACUGUUGUAGAUAAUGAAAACACAGUAACAAUUUCAACUGAAGAACAAGCACAACUUACUAGUACCCCUGCUAUUCAGGAUCAAAGUAUUGAAGUGUCCAGUAAUGCUGGAGAAGAUACAUCUAAGGAAACUGUAGCUGAUUUUACUCCCAAAAAAGAAGAGGAAGAAAGCCAACCAGCAAAAAAAACAUAUACUUGGAAUACAAAGGAGGAGGCAAAGCAAGCAUUUAAAGAAUUAUUGAAAGAAAAGCGGGUACCAUCUAAUGCUUCAUGGGAGCAAGCUAUGAAAAUGAUCAUAAAUGAUCCACGAUACAGUGCUUUAGCAAAGUUGAGUGAAAAAAAGCAGGCGUUUAAUGCCUAUAAAGUUCAGACGGAGAAAGAAGAAAAAGAAGAAGCAAGAUCGAAGUACAAAGAAGCUAAGGAAUCCUUUCAGCGUUUUCUUGAAAAUCAUGAGAAGAUGACAUCCACAACCAGAUACAAAAAAGCAGAGCAAAUGUUUGGUGAGAUGGAAGUCUGGAAUGCAAUAUCAGAACGUGACCGUCUUGAAAUCUAUGAAGAUGUUUUAUUCUUUCUUUCAAAGAAAGAAAAGGAACAAGCAAAACAGUUGCGAAAAAGAAAUUGGGAAGCCUUAAAAAACAUACUUGACAACAUGGCUAAUGUAACAUACUCUACUACUUGGUCAGAAGCCCAGCAGUAUCUCAUGGAUAAUCCAACGUUUGCAGAAGAUGAAGAAUUACAGAACAUGGAUAAAGAAGAUGCAUUAAUUUGCUUUGAAGAACAUAUCCGGGCUUUAGAAAAGGAAGAAGAAGAAGAAAAACAAAAGAGUUUGCUGAGAGAACGGAGACGGCAGCGUAAAAAUAGAGAAUCUUUUCAGAUAUUUUUAGAUGAACUACAUGAACAUGGACAACUGCAUUCUAUGUCAUCUUGGAUGGAAUUGUAUCCAACAAUUAGUUCUGACAUUAGAUUCACUAAUAUGCUUGGUCAGCCGGUUUUUUCAUUAGGAUCAACUGCACUUGACCUUUUCAAGUUUUAUGUUGAGGAUCUUAAAGCACGCUAUCAUGAUGAGAAGAAGAUAAUAAAAGACAUUCUAAAGGAUAAAGGAUUUGUAGUUGAAGUAAAUACUACUUUUGAAGACUUUGUGGCAAUAAUCAGUUCAACUAAAAGAUCAACCACAUUAGAUGCUGGAAAUAUUAAGUUGGCUUUUAAUAGUUUACUAGAAAAGGCAGAAGCCCGUGAACGUGAAAGAGAAAAAGAGGAGGCUCGAAAAAUGAAACGAAAAGAAUCUGCAUUUAAGAGUAUGUUGAAACAAGCUACUCCUCCAAUAGAAUUGGAUGCUGUCUGGGAAGAUAUCCGGGAGAGAUUUGUAAAAGAGCCAGCAUUUGAGGACAUAACUCUAGAGUCUGAAAGAAAACGAAUAUUUAAAGAUUUUAUGCAUGUACUUGAGCAUGAAUGUCAACAUCAUCAUUCAAAGAACAAGAAACAUUCUAAAAAAUCCAAAAAACACCACAGGAAACGUUCCCGCUCUAGAUCGGGGUCAGAUUCAGAUGACGACGACAGCCAUACAAAGAAAAAAAGACAACGAUCAGAGUCUCGUUCUGCUUCAGAACAUUCUUCUAGUGCUGAGUCUGAGAGAAGUUACAAGAAGUCAAAAAAACAUAAGAAGAAAAGCAAGAAGAGGAGACAUAAAUCUGACUCUCCAGAGUCAGAUGCUGAGCGAGAGAAGGAUAAAAAAGACAAAGACCGGGAAAGUGAAAAGGACAGAAGUAGACAAAGAUCUGAAUCAAAACACAAAUCGCCUAAGAAAAAGACUGGAAAGGAUUCUUCUGGUAAUUGGGAUACUUCUGGCAGUGAACUGAGUGAAGGGGAAUUGGAAAAGCGCAGAAGGACCCUAUUGGAGCAACUGGAUGAUGAUCAAUAAAUUAUACCAAAUAUAUGUUUACAGUAUGAUUUAAAGUCUAAUUCAGACCAAGGACUCUAUUUUAUGUUCAAUUGAAAUAACACUGGGUUUUAAUUAUAUCACAGGAAAAAAAAGUGCAUUUAAGUAUUGUUAUUGUGGACUUUAUAAAAGCAAAGGAAACUGAAAAUAACUUUUGAUUCUGUAUGAAGAAUCAUAUUUUCAUAUGGUCAUAACUGUUUUUCUGUGACCCUUUCAGAGGGCACUGCAGGAUGGAUUAAAGGUGGCAAUUUACUAAUAACUGCAGAUGUCUCUACUUUGUUCUAAAGUCUAAGUCAUUAAGAUGAUUUGAUUAACUUUAUGGAAGUUGGAUUUUGAAAAUAUAAUGAAACAUUUUUUUGAUACUUAGUCGUAUCAAAAAAGCACCAGCAACUGAUAAACUACUUUUUUUGUGCUCUACCCAACUGGUUGGAGCUAAUCUGAUCUUUUAUGGUGAACCCAGAAAUAGGUGUUCUUAAU